AUGGUUUCCGCCAAGAAGCACGUUCCUAUCGUGAAGAAGCACCGGAAGAGCUUCAACCGCCACCAGAGCGACCGAUUCAAAUGUGUCGACUCCAGCUGGCGCAAGCCCAAGGGCAUUGACAACCGUGUCCGAAGACGCUUCCGUGGCACCAUGACCAUGCCCAAGAUCGGUUUCCGCUCCAACAAGAAGACCCGAUUCCUCACUCCUUCCGGCCACAAGUCUUUCCUUGUCAGCAACACCAAGGACGUUGAGCUCCUGCUCAUGCACAACCGCACCUUCGCCGCAGAAAUCGCCCACAACGUCUCCUCCCGAAAGCGCAUCGACAUCAUUGCCCGCGCAAAGCAAUUAGGCGUCAAGGUCACCAACGCCAAGGCCAAGGUCACCACCGAGGUUUAA